GGGCAGUUACUCUCCACAAAUUGCGAAGAAUCCACACUAAUCCACACAAGCAGGAACUAGGAACAAAACAUCCUCUCUCAGAAGUGAGAAGUGGAGAUAAAGACUUUCCACCUGAGUUCAUUUGCAACUUCUUUAGUUCCCAUGAUGAAGCCGGUCGGUGUUUUGCAGCAGCAUUUAGCUUUGAUCUUCCUGGUGGCUUCCCUGCUCUACGUCAGAAGUAGCGGCGCCAAGGAAGUUGAGAACAAAUGCGCUUUCUCCACUUACGAGAGUGAAGAGGAAACCAAGGAAGGCUUGGCACGGAUCGCAUCCCUUAUCGGUCGUGUAUUUUCCUCUCAAGCGACAGUAAAAAAUGGAGAUAUAUAUAAGUUCAGGGUUGGUAUUUGCGCCAGUGUCUCAAAAUCGCAGCCUGACUUCGCAGUCACCAAGCAGAUCUUGAACAACGGGAAACUGCAGCCGGAAAUUCACAACAUCGGCUCUUUGAAAAACACCCACAUCAUGUCUGGCACGGACUGGGCGGUGCUGGAGUACCGGAACGGGGACAAUUAUUACCAUGGCCACUGUAACGAGGAGGAACGCCGCACGGUCAUCAUGCUGCAGUGUGACCCAGACGUUGAUGAUAGCAAUGCAGAGAUGGUGUACAUGGAGGAGUCCAAGUUGUGUUACUAUUUGUUUGAGAUGAAGCACCAGGCUCUGUGUCCUGCAGAGACCGCCAGCUCGGGACUCAGCGUUGGCUCCAUCCUGCUGAUUGUAUUUUUCACCAUAGUGUCCGUCUACCUCCUGGUGGGCUUCCUCUACUCUCGCUUCGUCUUGGGCUCAAAGGGCAUGGAGCAGAUUCCAAACUACGAGUUCUGGAAAGAUUUCGGAAAUCUUCAAGCGGACGGCUGUGAGUUUGUGUGCAGGACUCGCGAGCGGCGCUACUCGACCGGGGGCUUUGGGGGGAUCGGGGACGACCAGCUGGACCCAGUGGAGGAGGUCAGGGAUGAGAACCUGCUGCCCAUGUGAUAGAGCCGAUUAUAUGUGUGUGUGUGUGUGUGUGGUGGAGUUGGAAUGUGUGUGUGUGUG